AUGGAGUUGAGCGGCACCCGAAACCGGAUCAAGGAGCUUCUAGAGGACCAGACAGCCACCCGCAAAGAAGCUGAGCAGUGCCGGGCCCAGUUCGAGAAUAAGAGGCAGCUGAGCCUGGUGCGGCAGAUGCAGAUCAGCAUCCUGAGCAGGAGGAUUGCGAAAUUGGAGGCUGGCAUAUCAGCGAGCGAGGUCCACCGCACGGAAUUUGGGCCGGCGGACAGUCAGCGGAAUGUGCUGGAGACAACGUUGGGAUGCAUCCAUUGGUUACACCAAAGGGGUUCCUGGAUGAAAAAACCGAAGAACGCCCUAGUGGCGUGGCCGUCGUGGCUUAACUGGUUUUAA